ACAGGACAACGGUUCUCCCUCCAAGUGGAAAAGGUGCUCUUUCACGCGCGUUCUGCCUAUCAGGACGUUCUGCUCUUUCAAUCUACCUCCUACGGCAAAGUCCUCGUGCUCGAUGGAGUCAUCCAAGCCACGGAACGUGACGAGAUGGCUUAUCAAGAAAUGAUUUCGCACUUGCCCCUUUUUGCGCACCCAAACCCGCGCAAAGUCCUCAUCAUUGGGGGCGGGGAUGGAGGCGUGCUGCGGGAGGUGGCGAAACAUCCGUCGAUCGACACCAUCCACAUGUGCGAGAUAGAUAAAAUGGUGAUCGACGUGAGCAAAGAAUUUAUGAGUGACACGUUGGCCACGUCGUAUGAAGAUCCUCGCUUGACGCUGGUGGUUGACGAUGCGGCCAAAUUUGUCACUCAGGACGGGCACUGCACCUACGAUUGCAUUAUUGUCGACUCGUCCGACCCCGUUGGACCCGCCGAAGCCCUCUUCGAAGCCGCCUUCUUUCAAUCGCUCCAUAAAGCACUCAACCCGGGCGGUAUCAUAUGCACACAGGCAGAAUGUCAAUGGCUACAUUUGGAUUUCAUUUCCAAGGUCUACCGAGCUUGCUGUGACAUCUUUACCGAGGUCGAGUACGCAUACACAGCCAUCCCCACCUAUCCUUCAGGACAAAUUGGUUUCAUGCUCCUCUACAAGGGCCCUGAAACCUCUGCAGCUGAAGAUGAUGGUAAGUGCGACGAUUUACGGCCUUUGACUUCUUUACGGGUCGCCGCCCGUACGCCAUCUGCUGAGGUUCAAGCAAGCCUAAAAUUUUAUAAUCCUGCUCUUCACACCGCUGCAUUUGCCUUGCCCGAAUUCGCUCGACGGAAGCUGGACGAGGCCCGUGCACAAGUCAAACCGCGCUCAUAGGAAAUGAUGUCAGAGCUAAAGUACUUUGUUGCGGACACAUAUGUGAGUCCGUCAUUGGUUUUACUAAAACAUCACCCCUGAUCGAAAAUUCGUUUCUUUUGGCACUUU